GCUAUUGAUGACCUCCAGGGCUUCUACGAUGACCCUAAGACUAAAAACUCCAUGGCAUACCUGCAGAUAAAGAACAAGAUCUUGUUGCGCGUCUUAUUGAAGCGAAUCAAGAUAUCUAUGACAAGCUGUUGAAUAACAAAUUCUAUCAAUCUAUGAAGGUCGCUAGUGCUGAUGACAAGAUGGUCACAAUAGGCUUCCUGUGGUAUAUGAUUCAAGAUUUCAAGUACUGCGCAAAUUUGAUGCUAUUUGACACCGAACGGUCGAAAAAAGCUACCACAUCCGCAAUAUAUGAAGAACUUGCUGCCAAAAUUGGACGCGAUGCAGGAUAUGCGGUUGAUAUGCUUAAAACCUGUACCGAUCCCUCAACAUUGAACAUUCCUGACUGGGUUGUUCUUGGAGCUGGAUCUGAAGACGCAGUCACGAAUUAUUCCAGCUUCCAGGUCAAUACAGCCAAAUGUAUAACUGGAUCAGUGGGUUAACAGCGAUGAUUCCCUGUAUUCAAUCGUAUUACGCUAUAGCGGAAAAGUUGAAAGGAGAAAUUGUCCACCAAGACAUACUUUGGUAUAAAAACUGGGUUUUAGAAAAUGCAAAUGACUCUUCAGCCAAAAAGCAAAUCGCGUUUUUUAUACCCCACUAUAAUCAGUGGAAGAACGACUUCGAUAAGCUUUCUGGUGUUUUUAGAGAAGGGUGCGAGCACGAGAUCGCUUUGUGGGAAGUAGCAGAGUUGCACCUACUCGCAAAGACCUUCGAAGCACAACUGGCACCUACCAGUGCUAGUCACUAGUAACGCAAUGUGAAAGCCAGGUUCCCAGGUCGUCACCUGUGGAUUGCUCGAUCAUUGUUCAAUCCAAGGAUAGGUGCAGGAAGACUCGACAGGGAUGAAACUGUAACCGCAGAAAUAGUUGCUUUGAAUGGAGAGAAUGUGUCUGCUUUACUUGUACUUGUAUAUCAACAAUUUCUUGCGCAGAUAGUGUCUCAUGUAUAUCGUGUCAGCUGUAUAUUAUAAACUAUUGAGUCUGGUGG